GAAGAGAGCCGUUAGGCUCGGAUGCAAACCGGUUUAAUUGGUAGUUUAAAGUCUGCCGCCACCACGGCCACGGCUACGAUGCUAAUAUCGUUGCCACGCCUAAAGCCAAAGCCUCCACUUCUCUUCCUCACCACCUUCUUCUUCUCCACUGCGUCAUCAACCACUGAUCUCACCUCCACCCUCUUCCACCAAUGCAAAUCCCUAGCGUCCGCCGAGCUCAUCCACCAACAACUCCUCGUCCAAGGCCUACCCCAUGACCCCACCCACAUCAUCUCCAUGUACCUCACCUUCAACUCCCCCGCCAAAGCCUUGUCAGUCCUCCGGCGCCUCCACCCAUCUUCACAUACUGUUUUCUGGUGGAAUCAGCUGAUUAGACGAAGUGUGCAUCUGGGUUUUCUCGAAGAUGUCCUCCAACUUUACCGGCGGAUGCAGAGGCUGGGGUGGAGGCCGGAUCAUUAUACCUUCCCUUUUGUCCUCAAGGCUUGUGGGGAGAUUCCGUCGUUUCGAUGUGGGGCUUCGGUGCAUGCGGUGGUGUUUGCUAGUGGGUUUGAGUGGAAUGUGUUUGUGGGUAAUGGGUUGGUAUCGAUGUACGGGCGGUGUGGGGCUUGGGAGAAUGCGAGACAGGUGUUUGAUGAAAUGCGGGAGAGGGGAGUUGGAGAUUUGGUUUCGUGGAAUUCGAUUGUGGCAGCUUAUAUGCAGGGUGGUGAUUCAAUUAGGGCGAUGAAGAUGUUUGAGAGAAUGACCGAGGAUCUUGGAAUCCGCCCGGAUGCUGUUAGCCUUGUUAAUGUACUCCCUGCUUGUGCUUCAGUGGGUGCGUGGUCGCGGGGCAAGCAGGUUCAUGGUUAUGCUCUUCGGAGUGGAUUGUUUGAGGAUGUGUUCGUGGGUAAUGCUGUGGUUGAUAUGUAUGCAAAGUGUGGCAUGAUGGAGGAGGCAAACAAGGUUUUUGAGCGAAUGAAGGUUAAGGAUGUGGUUUCUUGGAAUGCUAUGGUUACUGGGUAUUCUCAGAUUGGUAGAUUUGAUGAUGCCCUGGGUUUGUUUGAGAAGAUUCGGGAGGAGAAGAUUGAGCUCAAUGUAGUGACUUGGAGUGCUGUGAUUGCCGGGUAUGCUCAGAGGGGUCUUGGUUUCGAAGCCCUGGACGUGUUUCGGCAAAUGCGACUUUGUGGAUCAGAGCCUAAUGUUGUUACCCUUGUGUCCCUUCUAUCAGGUUGUGCUUUGGCAGGAACACUACUUCAUGGGAAGGAAACUCAUUGUCAUGCCAUCAAAUGGAUUCUGAACCUAGAUGAGAAUGAUCCAGGGGAUGAUCUGAUGGUGAUUAAUGCUCUUAUUGAUAUGUAUUCCAAGUGCAAAAGCCCUAAAGCUGCACGAGCAAUGUUUGAUUUGAUACCACCAAAAGAUAGGAGUGUGGUGACUUGGACAGUCUUGAUUGGUGGAAAUGCCCAGCAUGGGGAAGCUAACGAAGCCUUAGAACUUUUCUCCCAGAUGCUCCAACCUGAUAACUUUGUAAUGCCAAAUGCUUUUACUAUAUCUUGUGCUCUGAUGGCGUGUGCUCGUUUGGGUGCACUAAGAUUUGGUAGACAAAUUCAUGCUUAUGUAUUACGUAACCGUUUUGAGUCUGCGAUGUUAUUUGUGGCUAAUUGCCUUAUAGACAUGUAUUCCAAAUCUGGAGAUGUUGAUGCAGCUCGGGUUGUUUUUGACAACAUGCACCAGAGGAAUGGUGUUUCCUGGACAUCCCUAAUGACAGGCUAUGGCAUGCAUGGGCGUGGAGAAGAAGCUCUGCAGAUUUUUUAUGAGAUGCAGAAAGUGGGUCUGGUGCCUGAUGGUGUGACCUUUGUAGUUGUGCUCUAUGCUUGCAGCCAUUCUGGGAUGGUUGAUCAGGGGAUCAAUUACUUUAAUGGCAUGAACAAGGACUUUGGAGUGGUUCCUGGAGCAGAACACUAUGCCUGCAUGGUUGAUCUCUUGAGUCGUGCUGGUCGUUUGGAUGAAGCUAUGGAACUCAUAAGAGGCAUGCCUAUGAAACCAACCCCAGCAGUGUGGGUAGCAUUGCUUAGUGCUUGCAGGGUCUAUGCAAAUGUUGAACUUGGGGAAUAUGCCGCAAACCAGUUAUUAGAGUUGGAGUCGGGGAAUGAUGGGUCCUAUACCCUACUCUCAAACAUUUAUGCCAAUGCCAGGUGUUGGAAAGAUGUGGCUAGGAUCAGAUAUUUGAUGAAAAAUACAGGGAUCAAGAAGAGACCAGGUUGCAGUUGGGUCCAAGGGAGGAAGGGCACUGCAACAUUUUUUGCAGGAGACUGGUCUCAUCCAAUGUCUCAACAAAUCUAUGAUCUCCUUAGAGAUCUUAUGCAACGCAUCAAAGCCCUCGGCUAUGUUCCCGACAAUAGGUUUGCUCUCCAUGAUGUGGAUGAUGAGGAGAAAGGUGAUCUUCUUUCUGAACACAGUGAGAAGUUGGCUCUUGCUUAUGGUAUUCUAACAACAGCUCCAGGGGCUCCUAUUCGCAUCACCAAGAACCUUCGUGCAUGUGGUGAUUGCCAUAGUGCCUUUACAUAUAUCUCUAUAAUCAUUGAACAUGAAAUCAUAGUCAGAGACUCGAGCCGCUUCCAUCAUUUCAAGAAUGGAUCUUGCUCCUGCAGAGGCUACUGGUGAUCGCUAACUAAUGAUCAAGUUGGAUGCUUUGCACUGGGAGAGCAAGUUAUACAAGGCAAAAAGAAACUCAUAAAGCAGCCAAAUAAUUCAAGAUAUCGUCAAAAUUGAUCUCAAUUGGCCAGUAUAACUGAAGACUGAGCAGAGGCUUUCACCACAGCUAAUACAUUAAUUAUUCUUUUAGAUGGGUUGCUCAUUGGUCAUUGGAAGCUUAUUUGGAUGGUGAGAAAAUAAUGGGAAGAGGUCAAAAUAAUGAGAAACCACACUCUUUGCGGCACUCCCAAGGCCUUACAAACAGCUUUAGAGGCAUCAAGGACAUUAGGUCAUGGGGGCUGGUAGUCAUGGUCAGCAUCACACGCCAUGGUUGAUCGCACUCAUGACUGCCAUGGCUUUCAUGCUCCCUCCAUUCCCAUAGAUGGUAAUGUUUUCAAAUCACCUAUGCUGUUUGUUGAACCAUCCUGUUGACAGUGCCACAACUGGUGUGUUAUCAGAGUCUUUCUUGUUCAGAUGGCAUGCCACCAUCCCUGCCAGCCUCAAAAUUGUUCAUUGUCAUCACUGCCUAUGUACAUCUUUACACUUUUGGUUAAUAAUUAUAAGUGGUAUAUAGCUUACCUUCUUCACAGCACUCUUGAGUCUUAUACCUUAGCUUUCCACUAGGCUAGCAAGACGGAGCUUCAACAUUUAAAAAGUUGUAACAAGAAGAAAGAAAUGGGAAGAAAAGCACUUGAGCAAAUCUGCUACCUCAUCUUCUUUUCUUGUCUUAUUCUUUGAUCAUUUGAUGUGAAGAAGCUGAGUAGUCAUCCAAGCAUUGAGAGGGAGAUCCUUAAACAGUUGGGAGCAGUAGAGAUAGUUUAGAGAGAUCUUUUUUGUGAAGAUGUUUUGGCAGUUCUGGAAGACAAAUUUUGGAUGCUGUUCUUAUUACUAAUGAGGUAAUUAUCGACUUGAGGUAACUUGUAGUAGUGUACAAGCUAGACAUCGAGAAGACUUAUGAUCAUGUGAGCUAGGGUUUUUUGUCUUCAGUUUUGAGUUUGAUUGGUUUUGUGCAGAAACAGAUUGGGUGGAUAAAAUUUUGCAUCUCUAUGGCUUGUUUCUCAUGUUGAUCAAUGGAUCUCCCUUGGGUUUCUUUCAAAGUCCUAGAGGUUUGAAAAAGGGGAUCUGCUUUCUCCAUAUCUCUUCAUUCUUAUAAUGGAAGUGUUGAGCUGCUUUAUUCAAAGGGUAGUAGAGGGGAGGUCUCAUCUUGAAUUCCAAGGUAGGUGUUAGAGAAAACAGGGUGGAAAAUGAUACCUUGUUUUUGGGUGAUUCUAAUAAAGAGCAGCCAUUAUAUGUUAAGUUAGGUGGAUUCUCCUCUAUUUUGAGGAAGUGUCUGGAUGGGGAAAUGUGAGGUCAUUCCUAUUGGGAAGACUUUUUUCUUUGAUUGGCUAUUUGAUUAGAGACAUGUCACUUAAUUGGCAUGGUAACUUUA